AUGGCUGCUUUCUAACAACCAAUGGCUGAGCACCGGAUGCGAGAUAUCCGCUGUAACAAUAAACCCUCUGUUCCCCUUCAGCUUGACGCCAUUUACAGCCCAAAUCCCGACCUCCUCUCUGGGUAGACAGGGGGGAGGAACUCCCCACCAGAAAAAAAAGCACUUUGCAGCCCUUCAGACCCCGUGGAGAAAAUAAUUCAAACAACUUCUGUGCCGGAGUUUUGUCCCUUCGCUUUCAUUCUCCCCACCUGCUAAAAAAAAAAGAAAAAAAAAAAGUGGCGUUAAAUUGAGUUUACCGCCUCGCGCGAAACACGGGGUUUAAUUUGCGCCGCUUUGAACUUAAAUGCGCCACGGCUGCAAACUUUUCUCAAUGGAUUUUACUGCUUUGUUUCUGUAGGGAAUUAACCGCCUCGAACUGGAUUUAUUUCACCUAAAAGGGGGCUGAAGAGUCGAGUGCACGGACUUCAGAUGUGUCCCAUGCCAGGCAGAGUGGCCCUUCAAUCCCGAGAUGGAGUCCAGAAGCCAGAACGACAGCGACGGUGGAGGAGGGCACUACAGGUGGUCACCGCUGUUAACGGGCAUGCCGCAUGACGAAGGUAGACCACAUGCGACCCAUGCCUUUAACACUCCACAAGAUCCUGGGUUGGCUGAUGGGCAACAGCCCACUGCUCCAACUUUACUCUCCCUGCAUCAGAUUCGGAUUACCAGAAGUAGCAAUGAGUACACAGAAGGGCCCACAGCUGCUCAGAGGUCUCCAGCCUCACAGCACAGGCAGCAGAAAGGAGACUUAGAUGUUGUUUUACCCGCUCCAAGGACCAGCGAACACCUGGAGACUGUGGAAGAGAGGCCCAAUAAUCUGUGGAACCUGGUUUCAUUGACUCAGCAUGGAAGCUCAACCUUGUCCAUAUCGUCCAGGGAAGGGGUGCUGGGGUCCUUCAGUGUUGAGGACACCCAGAGUAGCAUCAGGACCAGCAUGGGGAGCACUUCUUCAGGUCACAGGCUCCUCAGCAUCCCAACAGCCGGCGGACAGAUCAUUAGAACCCAGCCAAAAUGCAUUGAGCUAAGCCCGGAUGAGCUGAAGCUCCUGCAUAACGAGCCUGGGGCAGUGGUGGCUCUGCCUGGCAGCGGAGAAUCUCGGCCUCCAGGCAAACACCGCAACCAGUGCGAGGAGUGCGGCCGGUGCCAGUGUCCGGAGUGCAGCCGCCCACGGCUGCUCCCCUCGUGCUGGCUGUGCAACCAUCGCUGCGUGUGCUCGGGGCACACCGCUGUGGAUUACGGGACGUGCGUGUGCUGCAUCAAGGGGAUCUUCUACCACUGCUCCAGCGACGAUGAGGACACGUGCGCCGACAAGCCCUUCUCGUGCACACAGGCUCACUGCUGUGUCCGUUGGACCACAGUGUCGCUCCUCUCCAUCCUCUUUCCCUGUAUCUUGUGCUACCUCCCAGCUAAAGGAUGCGUGGCUGUGUUACAGAGCUGCUACGACCGCGCCGUGCGACCCGGCUGUCGGUGCAAGAACACAAACUCAAUUCACUGUGAGGCUGUUGGGAAGCCGGCGUAGAAGGCCUCCACGCGGACUGAACUGUUCGUUCGACCCAGUAGUUAAGCAUUUAUUUGAAAAUCUGAUUGUCCAGAGCCGUUGUGUUUUACCCUGAGCCAUUUGCCUUCAGACCUUAGAAAAGGGGUGUCCAAAUUUGACUUAGUUGUCUGCUUUACGGCACUAAAUUUGCAUUCACUCGCCCAAGCGUUAUGUAUCACUUGAAAAGAAAAGGUAAAUGGCAAAAUAAGUGCUCCACAUGCUCCAUACUAUGAAGACGCAUUCAGCUGUUUUUUUUUUAAAAAAGGAUGUAAAGUGCUCAGAUGUCUCCCUGUUAUAAGAGACCAAACGGAAAGCUGACUUUAACUUUUAAUGCAACUUACACGUCUGGAAACAGACUCGUGAUACUAACUGUAUGUAAAGUAGUAAAUGCAAAGACGUAUAAAUCAGUGCCGAUUUAAGAGAGAUUUUAUUUUUGUACAUAUAAUACGUUAACUGUGAAAACACUUGAUGAAUCCACAUUGAUAUAAACCUGUAAAUGUCACUUAACACGUUUUACAUUCACUGGAAUCAGUUUAUUUACAGCAGAGAAAUCUUAAUCCCCUUCUACCUGUAAAUUGUACAGUGACCUUAUGUGGAAAAAAAAUUCUAAUUUCAACAUUACUUAGUUGUAAAUUAAAAAAAAAUCUAUAUUUAUUUGAAGGUUUAUUUUAUGAU